UGUAGACUUAGAAACAUAGACUUAGCAAGCAAGGGAUUGAGGGCAGGGAUAUGCAGUUGACUUGAUCCAAUUCCUACGUUAUACAAUUUUACAAAUAUAUACCAGAUGCAUAUGAACCUGAGUUAGCAAAGCUGAAACUAAGAUGGUUCUGGCUUACGACAACUGGGAGAGGCUAGUCCGAGCCACUCUGCUAAGAGCAGAGCUUCGGCAGAUUGCCAGACAGUGCUCGACUGCCAGCUCAAUCUCCUCAGAAUUUCCUCCGGGUUUCCAUUCAUUUUUCCUCAACUUCUCCAAAAUCAGCAAAUCAUUCGAGUAUGAGCAGAUUCAAAACGCCACUGAUAGUUUCGCUGAUAAACACCUAAUCAAGUGCGGUCGCUCAGGAGAUCUCUUUCGAGGAAAAUUGGAUUCUUCAACCAGUGUCGUCAUCAAAAGAAUUGAUUUGCUGUUAGUCAGUCCAUAUGAAUACAUUUCAGAAUUGGAAUUUUAUAGCAAGGUCGCUCAUUCAGGAUUUGUACGUCUUUUGGGACAUUGCUUUGAAGACGAGGAUAUCAAAUUUCUAGUUUACGAGUAUGUGCCCAAUGGAGACUUGUCCAGUUUCUCUUUUACGAAGCCUAAUGGCAAUAUCGGUUUAAAAUUGUGGAGUUGGAGAACUAGAAUGCAAAUCGCAAUUGGGACUGCAAAGAGUUUAGUAUAUCUACAUCAUGAGUGUAAUCCACCUCUUGUUCACGGAGAUGUUCAAGCCAGCAGCAUACUUCUUGAUGAUAAUUAUGAUGUGAAAUUAGGGAGCCUAAGUCGAGCCUGCAAUGAAGAAAACACUCUCCUAGACAGGAUUACCAGGACCUAUCAAGAAGACAGUUCAUAUCAAGAAGACACUUUCAGUAUUGGAUCAUGGGCAUCUGGUGUUUCUCGCUUUGGAAAGGUUCUGGUUGAGUUAGUAACGCGAAAACGAGGAAUCAGUACGAGGAGUGAUGUCCAAAGCAAUGCAGUUCCGAAAUCAUCGGACAUACUGAAAUUGAUAUAUGAAGAAGACGCUUCUGGUAGAGCUAUAGGAUCUUGUGAAUCUGAUGUUUACUGCUUUGGAAAGGUUCUACUUGUGUUAGUAACAGGAAAACUGGGAAUCAGUGCGAAGAGUGAUGUCAUGGCACAGGAUUGGUUGCAAGUGAUGCUACGUCACAUCGACGAAGGUAACAAGACAAGCAUUAUUGACCCUUCAUUAUUAAUUUCGAAUGUGUGUGAGUUUGACAAUCUAUGGGCUGUGGCUGGUCUUGCAAAAUCUUGCCUCGAUCCCGUUCCCUCAUCACGGCCGCAAAUGAAAUCUGUGCUUAAAGAUUUGGAAGAUUUGAAUAACUCAAGAACAUAUCAUGAAUAAUGUUAUUUGUAUAUUAUUGCUUAUAUAAUAGUGAACAGAUAGAUGACGUGAAAGAGAAAAGGGAGAAAAAAAGAGACAAAAGAAAAGGAACUAGGUUUUGAUCUAGAUCAUACACAAGAAUUACAUAUUCUUCUGAACUA